UCGAACGGAGUCUCCGCCAGCGCUACCGUGUGCUGCCACGUAACCCAACCAUGGCAAAGUGUCUCACUCUCUCCAAUCCACACAAUUAUUGACACAAAUCAGGACUUUUGUUUUGUUGGUUGGCCCUUCCUACCUUCCCUUCUUUUAUUUAGCUGAAAUUUGUGGUUGGAUUUACCCAGCACGGUAGAGGAUUGGACAUUCUAUGGCUAGGUAAGGCAACAGGGUGGACCUACUCAUCACCCAUGGAUCCCUUUGACGUGGUUAUGUUCAAUGAGACUUAUGAUGGAAACUGGACAGAAACAAUCAAAGGCACAAAGACAGAGAGGAAGUACCAGUAUAACUACUAUGCCAUGCUCCUGACUCUUCUCAUCUUUGUGAUUGUAUUUGGCAAUGUGCUGGUAUGCAUUGCUGUAUCCAGAGAGAAAGCCCUACAGACUACUACCAACUAUCUCAUUGUCAGCUUAGCAGUGGCAGACCUUCUUGUAGCCACCUUGGUAAUGCCAUGGGUAGUUUACCUGGAGGUGGUAGGAGAAUGGAGAUUCAGCAGGAUCCACUGUAACAUCUUCGUGACGCUUGAUGUCAUGAUGUGCACAGCGAGUAUCCUUAACCUUUGUGCCAUCAGCAUUGACAGAUACACUGCUGUUGCCAUGCCGAUGCUCUAUAAUACCCGGUAUAGCUCCAAGCGAAGGGUCACCAUUAUGAUCUCCAUUGUCUGGGUUUUGUCCUUUGCCAUAUCCUGUCCACUACUAGUUGGACUGAAUGAGACAGACACCAUGAAUGAUGCCACCUGCCUUAUCCACCACCCUGAAUUUGUGGUCUACUCGUCCAUUUUCUCAUUCUUCAUUCCCUUCAUCGUCACACUGCUGGUGUAUGUGCAGAUUUACAUAGUGCUACGGAAACGGAGGAAGCGAGUGAACACCAAGAGAAGCAGUCGGUUUGAGUCAGAGAUCCAGGCACCGUUGAAGGAUAAAUGUACCCACCCAGAAGAUGUGAAGCUGUGUACCGUGAUUGUGAAAUCAAAUGGGAGCUUCCCCACCAAUAAAAAGAAAGUGAUCUUGGUGCAGGAGGCUGUCAACCACCAAGAUGACUUGGAGAUGGAGAUGAUGUCUUCUGCCAGCCCACCACUAGAGAAGCCCAAGCUCAAAACGGCAGCCGCCAACCGCCAGCUGGCUGUGCCUACUCCCUCCAACCAGGGUGCUAGUUCUAGCCUAGCAACCCCUGUGGGCAGCCCCGUGAAAGGGGAGAAGAAUGGGCACACCAAAAAUAUAAGCAAAGCGGCCAAAGCUUUUGAGAUCCAGUCAAUGCCAAAUGGUAAAACAAGAACAUCGCUCAAGAGCAUAAGCAAGCGGAAGCUUUCCCAGCAAAAGGAGAAAAAGGCCACUCAGAUGCUGGCCAUUGUCCUCGGGGUCUUCAUUAUAUGUUGGCUGCCAUUCUUCAUUACCCAUAUUCUUAACAAGCACUGUAAAAAAUGCAACAUCCCUCAAGCCUUGUACAGUGCCUUCACCUGGCUGGGUUACGUCAACAGUGCUGUGAACCCAAUUAUUUAUACCACUUUCAAUAUAGAGUUCAGAAAAGCUUUCAUCAAAAUCCUCCACUGCUAAAGAACUUACCCAAAGGAUAUAAUGUAUCACACUCCCUUUUUAUAAGCUCUACCUUGAAAGUGUACAAUGAUGCUUUUGCUUGUCAAUGACACACUGUGGACACACUUCUUUACACAUAAACCGAAUCUGUCUUGUGUGUCGUUAUGGAUUAAGAAAUGAAUGGACAAAGGAUGAAAGAGGAACUUAUUCAUCAAGGACGAGAUGGGGUUUUGUGCGUGAUGUGAUCUGACCUUUCAACAUCGAUAGUCAACAUUGUAAUGUGAAAAGUCCAAUUGCAUGGCCAAAAUUUACAUGUAAUUAUUACCCCAUGACCAUGCAAAGUUGGUCAGUGGUCUUUGAACUCUGUAUUAGGUGAGUCAGUGGAAUUAUGUAAUGGUAACUAAAAAGCAAAUGGAUUCUCAUUAGUAAAGGACAAAGUUGAAGGACAUCUUCUACUCACCUACUUCUGAAUACAAGCUUGGAACAACAAGAAACUGUUCAAUAGCAUGACAACAAGAUAUGGUGAUCCAACACUACAGUGCACCAGGAUGCCAAAGGGAAUCUUCUGUAGUAUUAGUUGCCUUAGAUCAAUCGCAAAGGUUGUAAGACUAGUCAGUAUUUGCUUAUACCUAAUGUAGAAUAGGCAUACUAAAGAUAGGAAAAUCACAAGGCUCUUCUUAAGAUGCGCAGACCAUAUUGGGCAAGGUCAAAUGAUGCUGAGAUCAAAUUCCAGCUACAUUAGGUAAAAUGUGUUUGUCUCACCCUACCCCUUUUCACACCUAUGGGAUAUUGAAAAACUGGAAUGUUAUGCAAAGCAAUAGUUUGAUGUUGGUAGUUGAUCAAUCCUUUUUCUUUGAUGUCCUCAUUCUAGCAAGGAAAAUGUAAUUCUGGUUCCUGAUGUGAGAUUUCUUUCUGGAAAGCUAGGGGAGAAGGCCAUGAUGCUCUCUAAAAUCAGAUAGCUUGCGGACACUCAAUGUGUAAUUCAAAUAACUUAACCACAUUAGCUACAGUGAUUCAAGAAGGUGACUCCCCACCAACUUCUCAAGGUGAAGUUCACAUGAUGACAGCUAAUGUUAAAAAUUCUUGGGUAAGAAACGUUGAUGAAUCAGUAGCAAACAUCAUACCUGAAAAAGAUUCAUUGCGGAGGAGAUGCUAAAGGAUAGGGGAUGAGGAAAGAAUAUUCAUAGAGAUAAAUGAAAAUACUGAUACCGAAGGUUGAGCAAUUUUGGAAGAACAUUAGUACCAAGAGAUUCACUGAUAUUCUGACUCAUAUCCCUAGAAUUAUACUCUAUGUAAGCUACAUCAUUUCACUGCACUGUAAGAUAUAAUGUACUUUAGACAUUUUUGAUGGUGUGUGGCACUUUCUAAAUGCUUGACGCAGUUCCAGAAAAGGGCAAUGAUGUUUUCUGAUUGAGUAAA